AUGGCCGUAGCGCGUCUGUAUCAAAGUCCGCAACUGGACACUCUUCAACCGCGCGCUCUAUAUGCAACGACGAACCCGGCACAGGGCCAGGGGAUCAUAGUUUCCGGGCUGCACAGACCCCUUGUCGCUAGAGCAAGUUUCCUCAGGGGUGGAGCAGCUGGCCAUGCUGCACGGCGCAACGUGGGAGAUUACCAACGGCCAGAACCCGUGGCUUUCGGACGCAAGCGUGUUGCGCGACAUGAUGCAGGCUCUGCUGAAGGAAGACUAUUGGAAUGCGUAUUUGCGAGCGGAGAUGCGUUGCCUGAAAUACCCACAGCAUACCGUGACUGUGAGCACAUUGUGAAGGCAUUCCAGACUCCGUGGACGACGCCUGGCCCUCAGUGCGCAGUGCAUGGUGAUCCACAUAGCAGCAACACCUUCAUGACACCACAGAGACAGAUUGGAGUCUUAGACCACCAGAACGUGCAUAUCAGUUCGCCAUUGCAUGACCUCUCGUGUGUUUCAUUGCUGGAGCCCUGGAACUAGAGGGUCGUUGUCCUUAUGAGCAUGAUCUUCUUCACACUUAUCUGAGGACACUGAAGAAAGCUGGAGGCCCGUCGCUAAGCAUUGAUGAGAUCUGGGACAAUUAUCGUCGGCAUCAACUGCAUGGGUUUCUAUGGGCGCUGACCCCGUUCAAGAUGCAAGGAGAGGGUGCAGGCCAUGGGAAGACGCCAUGCCGCAACAUGCCUGGAUCAUUCGAUAUUGGAGUUACUGGAGAAUGGAUAGUAAUUGGUAUUACAGAAUGCACCCGGUGAGGUACCAUUUGCAAUCUUGUUUGGCUGAUUGACUCACCGAUUCCUAAAGCUUGUCCUCAAGCGUCAUCGAAGCAAUCGCAAGGAACUCCCGUUGCAAAUGGGCUCCAGAUAACUUCUCGGUAGCAUUGAUAUCAACCGGUCGGCGAAGCCACGUACAUCAUAAUUCGCGAAGUUGUUCUGGGAUCUGUACUGAAGCGAAUAUGAAGCUUCC